CAGCCCCCUCGCUUGGGUGUGUCCUUAGCUCGCUCCCUCCCUCCGUCUUAGGUCACUCUCAACCCUCGAAUAAAAACUGCAGCCAACUUCCGAGGCGGCCUCAUUGCCCAGCGGACCCCAGCCUCCGACAGGUUCGGUCCGCCGGCCCCGCCCCGCGCCCGGGACCCUCCACUGCACUCGCUUGCUCUCUCGGUUCGCCCCGACGCCAUGGACACGUUUUGGUGGCGCGCAGCCUGGGGAAUCUGCCUCGUGCAGCUGAGCCUGGCACAGAUCGAUUUAAAUAUCACCUGCCGCUACUCGGGUGUAUUCCAUGUGGAGAAAAAUGGUCGCUAUAGCAUCUCUAGGACGGAGGCAGCUGACCUCUGCAGUGCUUUCAACAGCACCCUGCCCACCAUGGAGCAGAUGAAGCAAGCCCUGAGCAUUGGCUUUGAGACCUGCAGGUACGGUUUUAUAGACGAGCACGUGGUCAUCCCUCGGAUCCACCCCAACUCCAUCUGUGCAGCCAACAACACAGGGGUGUACAUCCUCACUUCCGAAAACUCCCAGUAUGACACGUAUUGCUACAAUGCUUCAGCUCCAGAGGGAGAAGAAGAUUGUACCUCAGUCACAGACCUGCCCAAUGCCUUUGCUGGAGAAAUUCGCAUAACUAUUGUUAACCGUGAUGGCACUCGCUACACCAAGACAGGGGAAUACAGAACAAACCCUGAUGACAUCAACCCCAGCAAUGCUCCUGAGGACGAUAUGAGCAGUGGAUCCCCUGGUGAAAGGAGCACGUCGGGAGGUUACAGCAUCUUCCACACCCACCUUCCAACCACAUACCCGACCACAGACCAAGAUGGUUCCUUGAUCUUCGACAACACAGAGAGUACCUCUGCUACCACUUUGAUGAGCUCUAGUGCUACAACUCCCGAAACAGCAACCAAGAGGCAAGAAACCCGGGAUUGGUUUUCAUGGUGGUUUCAACCAUCAAAGUCCAGGAAUCAUCUUCACACAACAACACAAAUGGCUGGUACGGAUUCAAAUACCAUCUCAGCAGGCUGGGAGCCAAAUGAAGAAAAUGAAGAUGAAAGAGACAAACACGUCAGUUUUUCUGGAUCAGGCAUUGAUGAUGAUGAAGAUUUUAUCUCCAGUACCAUUUCAACCACACCACGGGUUUUUGACCACACAAAACAGAACCAGGAUUGGACCCAGUGGAACCAAAGCCAUUCAAAUCCAGAACUGCUACUUCAGACAACAACAAGGAUGACUGAUGUAGACAGAAGUGUCAGCAAUGCUCAUGGAGAAAACUGGACCGAGAAACCACACCCUCCUCUCAUUCACCGUGAGCACCACGACAAGGAGGAGACCCCGCAUUCUGCAAGCACAAUCCAGGCAACUCCUAGUAGCACAACUGAAGAAACAGCCACCCAGAGAGAACAGUGGUUUGGCAACGGAGGGCCUGGGGAGUAUCCCCAAACGCCAAAAGAAGACUCUCAUCCAGCAGCAGGGACAGCUGCCUCAACCUACACCCACCAUCCAAGUCAAAGAAUGACAACACAGAGCCAACAAGACAGCUCCUGGACUGAUUUCCUCGACCCAAUCUCACAUCCAAUGGGACACGGUCAUCAAACAGAAAGAAGGAAGGAUACGGACUCCAGUCAUAGUACAACGCCUCAACCUACUGCAGAUCCAAACACAGGUUUGGUGGAAGAGCUGGACAGGACAGGACCUCUUUCGAUGACAACGCAGCAGAGUCAUUCUCAGAGCUUCUCUACAUCACACGAAGGCUUGGAAGUAGACAAAGACCAUCCAACAACUUCUUCUCCAACAACAAGCAACAGGAAUCCUGUCAGAGGUGGAAGACGAGGUCAAAACCCUUCUGAAGGCUCAGCUACUUUACUGGAAGAUUAUACACCUCGUUAUCCAGACACAAAGGAAAAUGGCACCCUCGUCCCCGUGACCCCUGCUAAGACUGGGUCCUCUGGAGUUACUGAAGUUACUGUUGUUGGAGAUUCCAACUCUAAACUUGAUCAUGCCUUCCCAGGAGACCAAGACCCUUCCAUGGACCCCAGCUGGGGCGGCCGUACCACUCACGGGUCUGAAUCAUCUGGACACUCAAGUGGGAGCCAAGAAGGUGGAGCAAACACAACCUCAGGUCCUGUGAGGAGACCCCAAAUUCCAGAAUGGCUGAUCAUCUUGGCAUCCCUGUUGGCCCUGGCUUUGAUCCUUGCAGUUUGCAUCGCUGUCAACAGUAGAAGAAGGUGUGGGCAGAAGAAAAAGCUGGUGAUCAACAAUGGCAAUGGAGCUGUGGAGGACAGAAAGCCAAGUGGACUCAACGGAGAAGCCAGCAAAUCUCAGGAAAUGGUGCAUCUGGUGAACAAGGAGCCAUCGGAGACCCCAGACCAGUUUAUGACAGCUGAUGAGACGCGGAACCUGCAGAAUGUGGACAUGAAGAUUGGGGUGUAGCACUGACACCGUUAUCUUGAAAAGAAACAACAGUUGGAGACAUAACUAUAUUACAGGGAACUGGGACACUUAAUGGAUGCAAUGUGCUACUGAUUGUUUCAUUGGGAAUCUUUUUUUAGCAUAAAGUUUUCUAUUCCUUUUUGUUUUUUGUGUUUUGUUUUUUAAAGUCAGGUCCAAUUUAUAAAAACAGCAUUGCUUUCUGAAAUGAGGGCCCAGUUAAUAAUCAGUGACUGUUCCAGUUCCCGCCUAGAGGCCUUUCCUCCCCUGGGUGUGCUAAGGACGGCUUCUAACAAAAGCUACAAAUACAUAGUCCUGAUCCCCAACCUUCCCCAGCCCUACUCCCAGGUAACAGCCAUCAGCUAAGGACGUUCCCCAGGGCUAAGAGGGAUUGGUCCCUGGGAGGAAAUUUGAUAGGGUCCUUAUUGCCCCCUCAGCAGCCCAAUCCCUGGGCAUCGCUUUCCCGUGGGUUUGGGGAUUGGGGUGUACUGGUUAUGCAUCCCCUUCUACAGACCUCCUAGAAAAUUUUCAGAUACUUCUGGGAGACACCCAAAGGGUGAAGCUAUUUAUCUGUAGUAAGCUAUUUAUCUGUGUUUUUGAGAUAUUAAACCCUGGAGGUCCUUUGAUCAGUAUGAUUUUUUAAAGUUACUUUGUCAGAGGCAUAAAGGGGUUCAAACUGAGUCGUAAUAAACAUCUGUACUUCUUCCAUCUUAA